AUGCGGUUGGGUCUCAGCAAUCCGUCCACACCGGCCUUGAGCCGUCGGAAUACCAUGUUUCUCAAUAAUGCUCAUCAUUAUCGCCAUGGAACCCAUCCCCACCUUUUGUCCACCAGGCACAAACCAAGAAGGCCCGUAUGGCCUCUCGUGUUCCGGUUCAUCAAAGGCGCUAUUCAUGCAGCCAUUAUAGUGCCAGUCUUCCUGCACGCUUUGUUUACAGCUUUCGUGGUAUGGUUAGACAAGGAUGUCUUUGACACCGUCGGCCUUCCGAGUAGCAUCAUCCCAUCUCUGUCCAUUGUCGUCGGCCUCAUGUUAGUCUUCCGCAACCAGACAUCCUACAACCGAUUCUGGGAUGGGCGCAAUGGCAUGAAUACCAUCAACACCUGUGUCCGGAACCUGGUGCGGACCAUCAUCACGAAUGGGUACAGCCCCCGGGGCGCCCCAACGACGGCAGAGAAGCAGGACAUCGAGCGGACGAUCCGCAUCCUGAUGGCCAUCCCGUUUGCCGUCAAGAACCAUCUCCGCGCCGAGUGGGGCGCCGCCUGGGCUUUGGGCAAUGACGUCGCGGAGAAUGGGGACACGGAUUUCAAUCCGGACUAUGCCAGCCUCCUGCCCGCGGGACUGGAGGGCCAUGAGGACGGGGGGCUGGGGCUCCCCUAUCAGCUGACUUUUUUCGUCGAUCAGUUCAUCAAGCGUGGGGUCGAGCGCGGCUGGUUCCAUGCCCCCGGGGCAAGUCAGAUGCAGGCGCAGCUGAACACACUGACCGACGCCUAUGGCCGAAUGGAGACGAUCAAGCUCACGCCUAUCCCCGUUGCACACCUAAUCCAUCAGAAACAGGUCCUCGCCCUGUUCGGCUGCGUUCUCCCCUUCGGCAUGGUUGACGACAUGGGCUGGUGGACCAUCCCGAUGGUCAGCCUGGUGAUCUUCACGCUGUACGGCAUCGAAGGCAUCGGCUCGCAGCUCGAGGAUCCGUUCGGGUAUGAUCGCAACGACAUUAAGAUGGACGCCAUCGUUGGAGACGCCAAGACCGAGGUCGACGUCGUCUUGGACGAAUGGCGCAAGACGAUGGCUUUUCUUGACGUCGAGGGAUCGAACAAUGUCGUCGGAGCUGACCCCCCGGCUGGCGGCGAUGCUGGGAUCACCGGGUUUGUCCUGCCUGAAAUGUUCUUAAGGAGAGAUGCGGUGAUGAGUGCUGCAGGAUAG